AUGUCUUCAAACAUUACCCUAUACACCUGGCCUACGCCGAAUGGUAUCAAAGCCUCCAUCACUCUCGAGGAGCUUGGCCUGCCUUAUAAAACCGAAGGCCUUGAUAUCUCCUCCAGCGCGAACCCCCAAAAGGAAGAAUGGUUCCUGAAGAUUAACCCCAAUGGUCGCAUCCCCGCCUUACUCGAUGGCUCGCAGCGUGUUUUCGAGAGUGGAGCAAUCAUGACCUAUCUAGUCGACAAGUAUGACACCGAUCGCAAAAUCAGUUACGCCCCUGGCACCCCCGAGCACGUCGAACAAACAUCUUGGUUAAUGUUCCAGAUGGGUGGACUCGGACCUAUGCAAGGGCAAGCGAACCAUUUCCGUCUCUUCGCCAACAAGCGCUCUGAUUACGCCAUUAAGCGGUAUGUUGACGAGACGAAGCGUCUUUACUCGGUCCUCGAGUCGCGGUUGAAGGAAAGCCCUUACCUGGCUGGUGAGAAGUAUACUAUUGCCGAUAUUGCGAGUUUUGCCUGGGUUCGCGGUGCUCGUGUUUUCUUGGAUAUUGACCUGUCCGAGUUCCCUGUUUUGCAGAGGUGGGUUGAGGAGAUUGAUAAGCGUGCUGCUGUUCAAAAGGGGGUGGAUGUUCCCCACUCGACUAGGACUCCUGAGCAGAAGGCUGAAUUCUUCCGGAAUUGUCGAGCCAAGAUUGAUGCCAUGACCAAUUCUGAUCAGCAUUGA